AUGGCUGAUCCUUUUUUAUAUAAUACUGGAGAAAGAUCCAAAUAUGGGUGCCUUGGACAUGAAGUACAAAUUGAGCACAUCAAGGCAUAUGUUUGUGGACCAUCUUUUUUCACAGACAAAGCUGUGAUUGUGGUUCAUGAUGUAUUUGGAUGGCUGUUCCCAGACAUUAGAUACAUAGUCGAUUUGAUUGCAGGUCAUGGAUACAUAACCAUCUGCCCAGACUUCUUUAAGGGGACAGACCCCUGGAAAACUACUGAUCACUGGGCUGACUUUGCUGACUGGAUGAAACAUCAUGAUCCUAUGAAAGUGGACAAGGAAGCUGAUGUUGUCUUGAAGUAUCUAAAGGAGCAAUGCGGUGCAAAGAAGAUUGGUGUCGUUGGGUUUUCCUGGGGUGGAAUGGCAGUACAUCACUUGAUGCUGAAAAAUCCUCAAUUAGCUGCUGGGGUGUCCCACUAUGGCAUAAUUAGGGACUCUGAAGAAAGAUACAAUUUACUAAACCCCACAUUUUUCAUUUUUGGUGAGAAAGACCACACUAUUUCUUUGAAUCAGGUCACCUUGUUGGAGGAGAAACUGAAUCAGUACUGUAAAGUUCCAUAUAAAAUUAAAGUUUAUCCUGGACAAGUUCAUGGGUUUGCACAGUUGAAGCCAGAAGAUAUGAAGCCUGAUGAUAAACCUUAUAUUGAAGAAGCUAGAAAGGAUAUGAUGGAUUGGAUCAAAAUGUUUAUUUGACAUAAGCAUAAAGUAACACUAGGCUUCAA